ACGAACGAGGCCCACGACGCUUCCCCUCUCUCAAACCGCGCCAAUAACAGAAUCGCGCACCGUACCAUGCUCUCGCUCUCCUCUCCGUCUCUCCUCCGCCCCUCCGCCGCCCCCGCCCCACCGCGCGCCGCCUCCCUCAGCCCUCGCGCCUCCUCCUCGUCUUCCGCCGCCGCCUCCUUCACGUCCUCCGACGCCAGGCCUCGCGUGCAGACGCCGCCUCUCCCGCACCGCCUCCUCUGCCGCCAGGGGAUGCCGCCGGCGUGCACGUCCCUCUACGAGGUCCUCGGCAUCCCCGCGGGCGCCACGUGCGAGGAGAUCAAGGUGGCGUACCGGCGCCUGGCCCGGUCGUGCCACCCCGACGCGGUGGCGAUCGACCGGAGGGGCGCGUCCGCCGACGAGUUCAUGAGGAUCCACGCCGCCUACUCCACGCUCUCGGACCCCGUGAAGCGCGCCGUCUACGACAGCAGCCUGUUCAGGAGGAGGAGCAGGCCGUUGACCGUCUUGUCGGGAGGCGGAGGAGGCGGCGGCGGCUACAGGGGGAGGAACUGGGAGACGGAUCAGUGCUGGUAGGCGCCCGAGCUGACUCGCUGAUUCGCGAUCCCCCGCGUUCGGGACUGAUUUUAGGGAUUUAGCUGUAUAUAUACAUACAUAUGUAUAGGUCGAGUGGAGCUUUUGUUGCGUAUAGUGUAAAUACGAAGCAGAGUUAUGUAGGAAGUAGAAAGUGUGAAGGUGCUUGAUUUUGGUAGGCACCAUCUGAUCUGAUUCUGGGUAUUGUGAUCGAUAUGAGAUUGAAGAUUGAGUUUUUGCUGGGUUUUUGGUCAAUCGAUUGCGGAAGGAAUUGAAGCGAAGCUUUUGAUUAACUCAUCACAUCCUUUUUAUC